UCGGAGAAGACAGGAACACUCUCCUAUAUCAAAAACAUUAUUAAAUUUGUUUCGUUCCUUUUAUUAAUUUUUACUCUAUUAUUGAUUAUUUGUACAUUUGAAAAACUUUUACCAGACAUGUUUCAUGCAGUUAGCACAAUCCUCUUGCAAUAAGGAACCUAAGAUAAAAAGCUCUAUAAUAUGAAGAACACAUGACUAAUGACAUAGAAAGUCCUGAUGUCUGCUAAUAAAUAGCCAUUAUCCAAGCAGAGGACCUGAAACUGGCUGGGUUAAUGGUUCGCGGAGACAGCGUUUGGUCACCACAGAGAGAGACUAAUCUGAGCCGCCACCGCACAGAAUCCCACAUUUCGAACAUAUUUAAAAACCAAAGACACUCCCAGCUCACUGCGCAGCAGCCAUGAGAAACCUCACACUUUUAGGAGGCCUGUGUCUUCUGCUGUGUCACUUGGGUCAUGCUUUGCAGCUCAUAUGCUACUUCACCAACUGGUCCCAGUACAGACCCGAUAAUGGGAAAUACCUGCCGAGUAAUGUGGACCCUAACCUGUGCACUCAUCUGAUCUAUGCCUUUUCCGUCAUCAAUCAAGCCAAUGAGCUUGUCACCUACGAGUGGAAUGAUGAUGUUCUCUACCAGUCUUUCAAUGCAUUAAAAAAGAGCAACCCAAAUCUUAAAACUUCUCUGGCUGUUGGAGGAUGGAACUUUGGCUCAAAUCAGUUCUCAGCCAUGGUCUCCUCAGCAGCCACGAGGCAGACAUUCAUUAACUCUUCCAUCAGUUUCCUGCGCACGCGUGGUUUUGACGGGUUGGAUCUGGACUGGGAGUACCCCGGGGCACGAGGGAGCCCCCCCGAGGACAAGCAGAGAUUCACAAUGCUGUGCAGGGAGCUCAUGACAGCCUUUGAGGCUGAGGCCCAGCAAACCGGACGUCCCAGACUGAUGCUCACAGCUGCAGUGGCUGCUGGGAAAGAAACGAUUGACGGUGCUUAUGAAAUUCCUGAAAUCUCUAAGUAUCUAGACUUUAUCAAUGUGAUGACUUACGACUUCCACGGCUCCUGGGAAGGAUUCACCGGACACAACAGCCCCCUGUACCGUGGUUCUAAAGACACUGGAAACCUCAUCAACUUCAAUACGGACUUUGCCAUGCAGUAUUGGAAGAACCAGGGAGCCCCAGUGGAGAAGCUGCGGAUGGGGUUCGCCACGUAUGGCCGCACAUUCCGCCUUGCUUCUGCAGCUACUGAUGUUGGGUCUCCAGCCACUGGUCCAGCAUCUGCAGGGCCCUACACCCGUGAAGCUGGCUUCUGGUCAAGCUACGAGAUCUGCACCUUCCUUCAAGGCACCACUGUCCAGUGGAUUGAAGAUCAGAAGGUUCCUUAUGCUGUCAAAGGAAAUGAGUGGGUGGGAUUUGACACAAAGCAGAGUUUUGAGACUAAGGUAUAUUAUCUUCAGAAGAACAAUUUUGGCGGGGCCUUCGUCUGGUCUCUGGACCUGGAUGAUUUUGGUGGUCGCUUCUGUGGUCAAGGAAACUACCCUCUGAUCAGCCACCUUCGCAAUCUUCUAAAUAUAGAAGUCCCUCCUGUGACAGGUGUGCCUCCAAAGAUGAGCUACCCUGCCAGCACCAACACCAACACCAACUCCAACACCAACCCCAACACCAACCCCAACACCAACCCCAACACCAACUCCAACACCAACACCAACUCCAACACCAACCCCAACACCAACCCCAACACCAGUCCUGCUCCUCCUGCCACCACAACUACUGCUGUCAAUAGCAACUUCUGCACCGGCAAGUCUGAUGGAAUCUAUGUCAACAGCAACAACCGCAACUCCUUCUACCAUUGUGCUAAUGGCAUCACCCAUGUACAGCUGUGUCCCUCGAUCCUGGUGUUCGACCCCAGCUGCCAGUGCUGCAACUGGCCCUAGAGCCAAGAGCAGCCUUUUCUUUAUGUCCUGCAGUAUAAACCCCCACAGAACACCAUACAGUGAACAUGAGAUUGCAUGUGCUUCUUUUAUAUUAUUUCCCUAUUAAACAAAAGUGAUAUAAUCAUAACCACUAUACAUUUCAUAAAAUUUGAAUUGAAACAAAUUCCACUGACUGGAUUCCGACACAAUGAGAUAGGUUUAAAUUCUUGUUUUUUGCUAUUAUUUAGCAAUAAAUGGGCAAUGUUUGCAAGACAAUAGCUAUAUCUGCAUUUUUUUUUAGUAUUAGUGCAGUUUUUUGUGUUGCUACCAUGGUCAAUAAUAUUGUCCUUUUGAAACUAAUAAUAAUAACAAUAAUAAGCAAAAUAACAUACAAUUUAUUUUUAAAUUCUAGAUUGUAAUUACCUACCAUAAAGCAUUUACACUAAGAAAUGUAACAAUGGUUUGUGGUUCUGAUGUUAGCAAGCAAAAUUGUGUACAUAGAUGAAAUGAGACUGAAACAGAUCAAUGUUCUCAUUCAGAAGGUUCCCAGUUCAAGCCCCACUCCGGCAAACUACUGUAACACCCUAAAGCAAGGAACUUACCUUGAAUUACUGUUUAUACAUUUAGCAACUUACAAUGAAGGCUUUUUAUAAAAAGCUAUUGACAGUGAUUUACUCAUUUACACAGCUGGAUACUUUUGCUGUAUCAAUGCAGGGUUAGCACCUUGUUCAAGGGAACUAAAGCAGGAUUCAAACUGUGCUUUCAGUGGGUCUUUUGACUACAAGGCAGUGGCUCAAACUACAUCAACUGUGGUUUAAAUAAAAAAAACGCCAUAAUAAAUGGGGGCAACUCACUUUGAAUAAACGUUUUGAAUAAAUUAGCCGUGCAAGAAAUCAAAAAACUAAGCAAUAUUUACUGGAC